GACGGAAAAAAUAAAUAAAUGUGAAGAAAUAUAGAUGGCAGCUAAUUAUGGUGUCCACGUCAUCCAUCUCGGAGGUAUCAGCCAUGGCAGAAGUACGGAAAACUGAAACUACUAACAAACACAGGAAAACGAAGCCGUCUGCCGGGAAAACCACUGCAUAUCGACGCAACACACGGAGGGGAAAGGAGAUUACCAGCUGAAACGUUCGAGCUUCAACACAAAGGAACUGACAAUAAACGGAGUCAAUCGUUGGCAGUUUUCGUUUUAUACGAAUGAAUUUCGGGGUGGAAUUGGGAGGAUUAGUUGGCAGGUGAUAUGGCGUUGCUGCGCAAAUUGUUCUUCCGGAAGCCGCCCGAUGGCCUUCUCGAGAUCUGUGAAAGAGUUUAUGUUUUUGAUUGCUGUUUUACCACAGAUUCGUGGAAGGAGAAGAAUUAUGAAGCUUACUUAUGUGGAAUAGUUGCUCAACUCAGAGAGCAUUUAGCAGAUGCAUCGUUCUUGGUAUUCAAUUUUAGGAGAUUAGAGAUGCAAAGUCAGAUGGGCGAUAUCUUAUCGAAGUAUGAAAUGACCAUAAUGGACUACCCUCAGCAGUACGAGGGUUGCCCAGUUCUGACAAUGGAAGUGCUUCACCAUUUUCUAAGAUCAUGUGAGAGUUGGCUCUCCCUUGGACAAAAUAACGUUUUGCUAAUGCACUGUGAGCGUGGUGGUUGGCCAGUUUUAGCUUUCAUGCUUUCGGCUCUCUUGAUUUUUAGGAAACAAUAUAGUGGGGAGCAAAGAACAUUGGACAUGGUUUACAGGCAGGCACCGCGUGAGCUUUUACAUGUUUUGUCUCCUAUGAAUCCAGUUCCUUCUCAAUUAAGAUAUCUUCAAUACAUUGCAAGGAGGAAUGUAGCCUUAGAAUGGCCACCUAUGGACAGAGCUCUCACUUUGGAUUGUAUCAUUUUGAGAUUUAUUCCAAAUGUUGAUGGAGAGGGUGGUUGCCGUCCAAUAUUUCGAAUAUAUGGACAAGAUCCUCUGCUCGUCAGUGAUCGAGCUCCUAAAGUUCUGUAUUCAACUCCAAAAAGAAGUAAAAAUGUCCGUUCCUACAAACAGGUAGAAUCAGAACUGGUUAAGAUUGAUAUUAAUUGCCAUAUUCAAGGAGAUGUUGUUCUUGAGUGCAUCAGCUUGCAUGACGACAUGGAAUCUGAAGAGAUGAUGUUCAGAGCAAUGUUUAAUACUGCUUUUAUUCGCUCUAAUAUCUUAAUUGUCAACCGUGAAGAGAUCGACACUUUAUGGAACGCUAAAGAUAAAUUUCCAAAGGAGUUUCGAGCAGAGAUUCUUUUCUCUGAGAUGGAUGCCGGAACUUCUACUGUUCCAAAUGAUAUACUUUGCAUUGAGGAGGAUGGUCUCCCCAUUGAAGCAUUUGCUAAAGUACAAGAGAUCUUUAGUCAUGUGGAUUGGUUAGAUCCCAAAGCAGAUGUUGCCCUUAAUAUGCUUCAUCAGAUGAAUGCCUUAAACAUAGCCCAAGAAAAGACAGACAAUAAUUCUCUUUGGAGUACACAAUUUAGUUCUUUACUUCAGUGUACAAGUCCCAGAAAACUUCCGCAGAAGUUCACAUUGGAGAACAAACUUUUCCUAGAGAAGGAAGAGUCUGUUCGAACAUCUAAAUUUUCUCCGGAUGCUGCUAAAACUGAACAGAACAAUGAACGUGAUUCAGUAUUCCAACAGGUGCCUCGAUCUUCAGAGGCUUUUCCACUUAACUAUGACAUUUUGCUAGAUUCGCGGAAUUCAGAGAGAAGCAAUAGGACCUCACACAGUGCUUCGGUUGGAAGCCACUCAUUUCUUGUUUCUGAAGGAGAAACAGAGGUUUCUCAUCUCAAAACUGCAUCUUCAUCUUUUCCGAAUGCAGCAUUGGCUGUUUCUCUUGCGCCUGAAUCUCUUCGCACUAAAAUUUUCCUUACAGGGACAACCAUGCCACCACCUCCUCAUAUUUCUGUUGCUAAUUCUGUACCUUAUCCUCCCCCUCCUCCAACUGCAUCAGCACUUCCGUCUAAUAACUUAUCAACUCUAGGACCAGAUAAAUCUUCUCUCACCGAGGAAAGAAAAAUCUAUUCAAAGGAUCAAAGUCAGUUAUCAACCAUUGGCCCUCCCCUGUCUGUAACCUCAGCAAUUGCAUCCUUAGUGCCUCAACCACCACCACCACCACCACCUCCUCUUUGUACAUCCACUGUAAAUCAUACAAUUUCAUCUCCAGUUCCUUUGCCACCUCCACCUCCGCCUCCCUCUCUUCCUAUGUCGUCCAAACAGGAUGAAAGUACUUUAACAUCUCCAUUUGUUCCUCCUCCACCACCACCACCUCUUCUUAUGACAUCCAUGCAGGUUGGAAGUACUUCAACAUCUUCUUCUGUUCCACCUCCGCCCCCACCUCUUCCGUUUAGACAGGUUGAAUAUACUUCAACAUUUCCAUCUGUUCCCCCUCCUCCACCACCGCCAACUUCCACCACAGGCUCCUCUUCAGCUGUUCCUUCUGCUCCCCCUCCUCCUACCCUUUCUGGGAGAGGGACUUCAAAAUCUGGUGAACUAUGUUCUGAUUCUCUUCUCGAAAAUGGUUUGUCUAGGUGUCCUCCGCCACCAAAUAGUUAUCCAUCAGGUAUAAAGGGACGGAGUUUGUCACGCACUAUAAAUUCAAGAUCACAUAUAACCAAGAAACUUAAGCCAUUGCAUUGGUUAAAGUUAUCUAAAGCAGUGCAAGGAAGCUUAUGGGCUGAAACUCAAAAAACUGGUGAAGUUUCCAGGGCACCAGAGAUUGACAUGUCAGAGCUUGAAAGUCUUUUCUCAGCGGCAGUUCCUGCUCCUGAUCUGCUCAAGAAGUCAGGUGGGCCUGGUUCAGUUGGGAAUAAACCUGAGAAAGUACAACUGAUUGAUCAUAGGCGAGCUUACAAUUGUGAAAUCAUGCUUUCAAAGGUCAAGGUGCCUUUGCAGGAUUUAAUGAGUUCUGUGCUUGACCUUGAAGAUGCAGCGCUGGAUAUCGAUCAGGUUGAGAAUCUUAUUAAGUUUUGUCCGACAAAGGAGGAAAUGGAUUUACUCAAGGGGUACACCGGAGAAAAGGAGAAGCUUGGAAAAUGUGAACAGUUCUUCUUAGAGUUGAUGCAAGUACCUCGUGUUGAAUGUAAACUUCGAGUUUUCUCAUUCAAGAUGCAGUUCAGCUGUCAGGUCACUGACCUCAAAAAAAGCUUGAACUUUGUUAACUCUGCUGCAGAAGAGAUAAAAAGUUCAGUGAAGUUGAAGAGAGUCAUGCAGACAAUACUAUCUCUAGGAAAUGCUUUAAACCAGGGAACAGCGAGGGGCUCUGCUAUAGGAUUUAGGCUGGAUAGCCUUCUUAAACUGACAGAAACUCGUGCACGAAACAACAAGAUGACUCUAAUGCAUUAUCUUUGCAAGAUACUUGCUGACAAACUGCCAGAAGUUUUGGAUUUUUCUAAUGAUCUUGCAAGCUUGGAGCCUGCAUCAAAGGUACAAUUGAAGAUUUUGGCGGAGGAGAUGCAAGCAAUUAGCAAAGGGUUGGAGAAAAUUGUUCAAGAAUUGUCUACAUCUGAAAAUGAUGGCCCUAUAUCCAAUAAUUUCCGAAUGGUUUUAAAGGAGUUUCUUCGUUUCGCUGAAGCUGAAGUCAGAACUUUGGCUUCACUAUACUCUAGCGUGGGUAGAAAUGUAGAUUCUUUGAUUCUUUAUUUUGGAGAAGAUCCAGCUCGCUGCCCCUUUGAACAAGUUAUGUCAACCUUAUGCAACUUUGUGAGUAUGUUUAACCGAGCCCACGAGGAAAACUGCAAGCAGAUAGAGCUUGAAUUGAAGAAAGCAACUGAAAAGGAAAAAUCAAAGACGGGGCACGUGCACAAAAAGACGAGGACGAAGAAGUUAUCACGCUCCCAGGUCGAGAUUGGCAAUGUCAAGUAAGUUAGCAUGUCAAGUUCCUUCAAGUAAGCCCUCCAGAUUUACAGACAUCCAACACAAGCAAUUAGUUCUAGUGGGAAGUGUACCACUCCUUCAUGAGCAACCGAGGCAGAUCAAGCUUCAUCCUGUUGCUCAAUGCGCUGAGCAGGCUGGCUGCUUGUAUCAAAACUGAACAAAUUCUUGUGUGUACAUAAUCUCAUCAGGGGAUACAAGACAGUCACCUUUCAAGGUUGCUUUAUAAUUUGAAGAUCCCCUGACAUUCUUUUGUUUUGGAACAAAAAUUCAUCCAAAUGUGUAUUUAGCUUUACCAUUAUUUAAAGAAAAUUUUGAGUUGUGUUAUGCCUAUUUACACCU